AUGUCUGGUCAAUUUUGGACUCUCCCCUUCUUGAUCUACCUCAACGUCGUGGACACCACUGAAGUCAACAGAUGGGUGCUGUACACAGUCAUCUCUCUGUUACUUAUCUACCCCAACGCUCACCCAAUUCAAACCAGCGGCAUCAUCUCUUCGAAUAUCUAUCGUUCCGAUGACGCGCCUUUGUACAAGAGAGGAAACAGGGCUCUUCUCGGAAUUGUCUGCAUGAACUUGGUUCUCUAUCCUUUGGUGAAGGCAUACUAUGUCUACCGUAAUAAGCGACGCGACAAGAUAUGGGACGGCAUGUCGGAAGAGCAGAGAGUCGCAUACUUGGCAACCACCAAGGAUGAAGGAAACAAGCGACUAGACUUCCGAUUCAGUCACUAG